AUGGGCCCGGCUCCCGCCUGCCUCACGCUCUGGGACGGGGAAGACUUCCAGGGCCGCUGCUGCCGUCUGCUCCACGACUGCGCCAACGUCAGCGAGCGCAGCGGCCUGAGCAGGGUGCGCUCGGUCAAGGUGGAGAGCGGCGCAUGGGUGGCCUUUGAGUACCCCGACUUCCAGGGACAGCAGUUCAUCCUGGAGAAGGGUGACUAUCCACGCUGGAACGCCUGGAGUGGAAGCUGCGGCCUCCACAGCGACCACCUGCUGUCCUUCCGGCCGGUGCUCUGCGCGAACCACAGCGACAGCCGUGUGACCCUCUUUGAGGGUGAGAACUUCCAGGGCAGCAGGUUUGAACUCAGUGAUGACUACCCGUCUCUGUCCGCCAUGGGCUGGGCCAGCAAGGACGUGGGCUCUCUCAAAGUCAGUUCUGGAGCGUGGGUGGCCUACCAGUACCCAGGCUACCGGGGCUACCAGUACGUCCUGGAGCGGGACAGGCACAGUGGAGAGUUCCGGACCUACAGCAAGUUUGGCACUCAGGCCCACACUGGGCAGCUGCAGUCCAUUCGAAGGGUCCAGCACUAGGCUCCGAGCCCCAGACAACUUCACUGAAGACUAAUAAAGCCUCCUGAAUCUGCCUG